AUGGUGACACCUAUUGAGAAAAGUGGCUCUCCUAUUGGGCGCUUUAUGGCUGAUCGUGGACAAGCCGUCCAUCCUAGAGACCUUCUAGAAUGGAUUGCGGAGCGAACUAGCUGUGGUGAAGUUGAAGGCUUUGCAGAUCUACAGGAUGGAGAGAUACUUCUUGAGAUGGUCCAGUCGGUAUGGCCAGACCUUUCCCCAUUGGGAACGACGACGUAUGAUGCUUGGGAAGGGAUCUCGCGGAUCGCCAAUGCAGCUGAUGUACCCAUGGGCAUCCUAGAUGCCGCAGCUCGAUGGUCCAAGGCGAGCAAAGAGGACCUGAAUGAUAAGGCAUUUGCCUCUGCUAUUUAUAACACACUUGCUGCACUCUACUUCCUCUGGAGUUUGUGUGAAUGCCACGAUUUCACGGCCAACUUUGCAAUCCCCAUCGACUCGUAUGUGGCCAAAUUCCUACAGUCGGACGCUUCCGUGCGGAGCUUGAUCAAGGGAGGGGCGCUGGCUGCUGAAGUGUCCGAGACUGCACAUAAAAAGGACGAUAUUGCCAAGACCAUCGAACCCGACAAUCCUUCCCGAGCUGAUCGUGGGAAGUCUCCACAUGCACCGCCGAAUGCGCCUACACCUCCAAAGAACCCACCGCCUGAUUCCAGCAAGGAACCGGAGAAAAAACAGCCGAAGGGCGUGCAGCAGAUGAAGAAAGAGAGUGCGCCGGCGCAGCGGCUGAGAGACUAUCAGAAUCGACAACAAGCAACUGUCGAUGGUCUUGCGAGGUUCGGGAAUAGAGAGUCGCUAUCUGUGAAGAGGCUCCAGCGGCAGCUAGAGAUGGAGAGAGAGAGCUACGCUGCGAUGGAAGAAGUAACGAAGCGGAGCUUAUGGACAGGAGCUACGUUCGCUCAUGAAGUGGAGCUCCUCAAGGAGGGCCACAAUGCAGCGCUAUGGGAGGCCGAGUCGGGCCUGGCAGAAGAUGCGGUUUUGAAAGCUAGAGUCAUGAAGGAUCAGGCGGGAAGCUUCCGCGACCGACCGCCUACCUUGAGAGAAUACACGGCUUUGGAAGAGGCUUUGUCGCGAAUGGAUGUAGCAAUGCGGAAACAGAAUGAACGCAUGCGAGCUCUCGAGGAAGAGAGACUCCAACUGGGAGAUCAAAUGCUACUGGGUUUAACAUCCCGUCACUCCAACACCACUGCACAGACAGUGCGGGAGAUGUAUGAGGCUGUGAUGUCGGGCAUGGACCGGAGACGUUCGGGCAGGGAACUGCCUAGCGCCGAUCGAGAGAUACUUCUGAAUUUGGAGAAGCUGAUAAACAGACUCGAAGAAGAGAGAAUACUUCUUGAACGUCGGUCUAGAGAUAUGGAAGCUCCGUGGAAGGUUUCGAGUCUGAGCGAUCUUCUUCUUCUUCUUCUCAAUCUUGGACGCGGCACGGCCAUUCUCUGGCCAUUUGCCGCCAACAUGAUCCCUUCUGUAGCCGCCCUUCUGCGGCUCGUUAGUCUCCGCUCCGUUGAGUUCCAUUUCGUCCCGUAUUUCUCCCAUACGGUCAUUCAAGAUGACUCACCCUCGGCGUUGGGCAGGCGGCAUUAG